AUUAGGAUGUAGAUUUUAACUGAAUUUAGAACUCAGCAUUUACUCUUGAAUAUGAAAGUUACACCAUUAUUCCACUUCUAGCCACUAAUAGGAAUCUAGUUGAUGUCUACAGUAGAAUUAACAGCAGACAAGACUGACUAUUACCUGAAUAAUUAUAGUUCAUACAAUAUAUAUACCUCAUGGUGACAUUUGAAAAGCUUAGGAUACCCUACAAGAGACAGUCAGAGUCCGCAUCGGAGUCAGACAAUGGAAACCCUGCAUACACGAUUCAGUUCUUGGACACCAAUUGAAAACAAACCACUUAACAAUCAGCUUUAUCAGGAAAGAAUCAGACUUAUAAGCCACUGGUUUGACUUGUGGACAGACAAACAACGCAAGCAAUUUCUCCUCUUGAUAUUGAACAAGUGCAGUAAAUCACAGCUGAAGUGUGCUGGAAAAUGGCUUAUAGAAAAUAUCCCACUGAGCCAUGUAGAUUUCACCACUCUGCUGCCACGUUUCAUAUCUUUAUAUAUAUUCUCCUUUCUCAGUCCAAGGGAUCUUUGUGCUGCAGCCCAAAUCAAUUGGCACUGGAAAUUUUUAACUGAACAGGACUGUCUGUGGAUGCCAAAAUGCCUUAAGUUAGGAUGGUUUCUUCCGUAUGUUCCUGAAAAGAAUGAAUAUGGCGCUUGGAAGCGUUAUUAUAUUGCCUGUGCAACCAACCUGGAUUAUCUAACUCCUAGGAGAACUGCAUACCACAGGACUACCAGUGAUCUCAAAACAAAAAUUGAAGAGCAAGAAGAAAGAGGGCAAGCAAACUAUCUUCGGAAAUUUAUUCGAGGGAGACUGGCAGUACACAAAAAAGAAUUAUUCAAAGCUCGUCCACCUUGGAUAAGUGGAACCCAGAGCUCAGGAUUUUACAAGUCUGGAUUUCAACCACAUUUGUCCCAAUCUAUCUAUGACCAGGCUAAAUUAUCAGCUGAAUUAUUAAUGAAGCCCCGAAGAAUACUUUCCACAAAUAAUUUGUUUUUCAAACAGAUUUCUCAACAGAAUAAAGCUGCAUCAGGCUUCAGUCUAGAAGCUGAGAAAUAUCUUUUAAGGAACAUUACUUGUAGCAGUUCUUGUCUUACCUUGUCUCACAGAUUUCGUCAGCCUAUUUCCCAAGGAUACCCCAAUGGGAAGUAUUCGCUCCAUCCACACCUGGUCUUGAUAUCUUCCCAUGUGCCUGCAUACGAGAUGGUUGUGGACAGUGUUAAGCAUGGUGUGGUUAUGGUAGUGUAUGAGCAUAUUGGGACCACACUGGAAAGCCUCAUUCAUUCGGUAGAAAAGGCCUUGGAUGGCCAAAUAGCAAAGAGUAUUGGGAUAAUUAGUGAUGGAGAUUCCAGAGAGAUUAACUUGCUUCAAGGUUACACAGUCAACACCCAAAAUCUUCUUAAACCUGAGGUGAGAGAGUUUUGGAAGCGCUUAAAAAGUUGCAUUAUGUCUCCAGAAGAAGGGGGAAGCAUAGACCUCUUUGUUCCUCUGGCAGCUUCAGAGGCAGGAAAAGAAAUCCUUUCACAGCUGACUCAUCUCACUGGAGCAUUCUUCAGGACUCCUACUGGAAUAGCUACCGGGUCUUAUCAGCACAUCCUCAGUGAAUGGCUGGGAAAUCAAAAAGAAAGCUCUCCUCCGUUGCUGUACCUCACUGAAGUAAAACUGCAAAUAUGGCUCAGAUUCACUGAGUUGCUGGAAGAGGCACUGGAUGUUGUCAGGAAAAAGCUGAGUCCAUAUUUUUUUGAUUUGCAAAAGAACAUGGCGGGCAAAAUUCUUGGUCAAAUCAUGUUUAAUACUGUGAAUUGGUCCAACAUUCAAGACAAUGAAAGAAUAAUCCAGACUUUGGCUAAUGGAUUAGUUGAACUCUCAAGAGGAAAUCACGAAAACCGCCUGGAAUUUCUAUCAUCUUUCCUCAUGAAGAAAUGUGAGAAUGAAGAACUUGCAAACCAGGAUUUCUUGACUGAGGGCACUUCGGAAUCAGGGCUUGUACUUAAGAUAGAUGAACCUCAAGGUGUGAUAGAGAAGCGCCAAAGCUUUGCCAGAGAACUUCUCUUAAGUGAGAGAAACUAUGUCCACAUUCUGGAAAUUGUGAAAGAUGUCUAUGUAAAACCAUUAAAAGCAGCACUGGCAUCCCAUCAGACCAUCCUAAGUGAUAUAAGUAUUCAGCUCAUCUUUUCUGAUGUCUUGGACAUUUUACAAGUAAAUAGGUGUUUUUUAGCUGAGUUAACACGAAGGUUUAAUGAAUGGAGCCCAGCCCAAAACGUAGGAGACAUAUUCAUUAAGUUGGGCCAGCAGUUUCAAACAUAUACAAAUUUUUUCAACAAUUAUGCAGUAAUUCUAAAAACUACAGAUAAGUGCCGAGAAACUAUUCCAGUAUUCCGUGCUUUCUUGAAGAGAUAUGAUCGGACGGUUAUUACCACCAUGAGAAGCUUACAGGAACUUCUGCUCUGCCCUUCUAAAAGGGUCAAAGAAUACAUCACUCUCCUCUAUGCUCUUAGACUUCACACUCCUCAAGAACACACUGACCACGAAGACUUGGCCACUGCAAUUAAACAAAUGAAACAACUCAAAGAUUAUAUAGACCAGUUGAAACUGAAUGUGGGCAGAAAUGAUCUGCUAUUGAGUGUGCAACGGUGUAUCCAAGGAGGACCUCAGUUGUUGAAAGCCAGUAGAUAUCUAAUUAUGGUGCAAGAUGUGGCCCAGCUAAACUGUUCUAAGAGAACGAAUUUGCCGUUCAGGUUGUAUGAGCAUACCCACGAUCUUAGACUUUUCCUGUUCAAUGAUGUCCUUGUUAUUUCACAACGCAACAUCUCCUACAAGCCCUUUGAACGAAUCCCCAAGGUCACUUACCAGUUUUUGGCUACAACAAUGCUCCAUCAGCUCCAGAUUGAAGACAUUCCAGAUUCUAAAUAUAUCCAGAAUGCUUUUCUUUUACAAGGGCCCAGGCAUCAGUGGAUCUGUUCCGCAGAUGAAGACAAGUUUGUAUGGUUUUCUGCAUUACAAAAAGCAAUUCACUGUAGUAUCAGUCAGGAUGUAAACUGAAUAAGGCAAUG